AUGCCGUUCAUCUUCCCGAGAAAACACCGCCAUUAUAAGGUCACACAAUACCUGAUGAUUGCUGAGCUGCCGAUUACGAUCGUCAUCUUGACACUGACGGGCAUUGCAUCGCAUGACCUAUACCGGACCUUGUUAUGGCAGGAUGGAGCAGACAACGGUUUCAACAGUUCACCUGACGAGGAGCUCUAUGCUGCAGCCAACUAUCGGCCCUAUACGUCUCCCUUGGUUUGGUCAUCAUUUAUGACCAACUACAACCUAGUCUUGGGAGUUCUUAGCACAUUCUUCCUAAUCGUCAAGUAUCCUCUUCAUGCCAUGCAGCUGUUCUUUCCUCCAGUAGCAACGUUCAUCCAAGGCUCUCUCAUUGCGCUCUAUAUCGUAUCGGCACGUUACCAGGCUGGCCCUGACAUGUCCGAUCCCAAGCACCCCCAGCCUGGACCGCCAUGGUACAUUACGAAGAAUUGCAAUGUGGCGGCAAAAAAGUCAAACAUUGGAUACUGUCAGCAGGCAAAAUCGCUCUUUGCUGUCACCAUCAUCCUUAUAGUUCUUUAUGCCGUGCAGUUCGGGUUUGUCCUACACUCCUGCUUCAUCACGGACGAGGAACGCAACCAGGUUCUUGAGGAGAGAGAAGAGAAGCGCGUCGAAAAGGAGUUUGAGGCUGAGAUCAUGAAGUCACCUAGCAUGAUCCCUUUGACUCCCGCCUUCUACGGCCAAGACCAUCCCAUGCUACCCCGGACUCCUGGGUACCCACCCUUGGCUUCUGCUGGGCCGGUGACAAAUGGAGGCAAUCUUUUUGCGCCUCAUUCUGCACGGAUACCGGCCUUCAAUCGACUGGGAAGUAGCAUGGGUAGCAGCAGUCCCUCAUCAGAUCUCCCGCUACGCAACAACAAUAACAACCACCAUGAUCUGCCAACACCUCCAAUUCCAUCACAGCCACAGACUCCAGAAACUCAGUAUGGACAAGGAUCGCCAAUGUACUUCCCUCCACCGCCUAAGAAGCCAUCAAAGAAGUAA